GGGCCAAUCGCUGAUCAAAGUGGGAAGUUUAAAUCCUGAAUGGCGGAAGGAGCCGGGAGAGUUGGAGUCAGAGCAGCGCACGGCAUCCCUAUGGCACAGUUCCUGUUUGAGAGUGAUUUGCAUGGGCUGUUGAAAUUUGAAGUCCCAAAUGUACCCCCUGCACGAUGGCAGCGGAAGGCUAAGGAGAGUGCUGCUCCCAGCACUGGAGCUGCCUCAGAUGCCAUAGCUCCUUCGCCUAUGAAACCAGCUAACAGGCCUCAUAGUACCAGCAAGACUCCUUCCAAAACACCAGGCAAGUCUGGUUCCAAAUCACAAAAUACUCCAAACAAAACUGGAGGUGAUAGAUACAUCCCUAAUCGUAGUGCUAUGCAAAUGGAUGUGGCCAAUUUUCUCCUAACCAAAGAGGAAUCCUCUGAGGAGACACCCACCAAGAAGGAGCAUCAGAAAGCCUGGGCAAUGAACCUUAAUGGUUUUGAUGUAGAAGAGGCAAAAAUCCUGCGACUAAGUGGGAAACCUCAGAAUGCCCCUGAAGGAUACCAGAACAAUCUCAAAGUGCUCUACAGCCAGAAGAGCACACCAGGGUCCACAAGGAAGAUAAACAGAUACAUAGCCUCAGUGUCAGAGCGGAUACUAGAUGCCCCAGACAUUCGAAAUGAUUACUAUCUGAACUUAGUUGAUUGGAGCUCCCUCAACUUUUUGGCUGUGGCUCUGGAUAAAUCAGUCUAUCUAUGGAAUUAUGAUUCCAGAGAAAUAAUCCAGCUCAUGCAAAUGGAAAAUCCUGAUGACUACAUCUCUUCUGUUUCAUGGAUCAGAGAAGGAAAUUACCUUGCAAUUGGCACAAGUAAUGCUGAGGUCCAGUUAUGGGACAUCCAGCAGAAAAAGCGUCUACGAAAUAUGGUCAGUCAUUCAUCCCGUGUGAGUUCUUUAAGUUGGAAUAGCUACAUUCUGUCCAGUGGAUCACGGACUGGUCACAUACAUCAUCAUGAUGUCCGUGUGGCAGAACACCAUGUGGCAACACUUGCUGGUCAUACACAAGAAGUAUGUGGGCUAAAAUGGGCACCUGAUGGCCGUUACUUGGCUAGUGGAGGCAAUGACAAUCUCGUAAACAUAUGGUCUAUUGCUCAAGGGGACAACUGGUCACCACGUCCUGUGCAAACUUUUACACAACAUCAGGGAGCUGUUAAGGCUGUGGCUUGGAGUCCAUGGCAAUCCAAUGUGCUGGCUACAGGAGGUGGAACAAGUGAUCGCCACAUAAGGAUCUGGAAUGUGUGCUCUGGGAGUUGCCUCAACACAGUAGAUGCACAGUCCCAGGUCUGUGCAGUACUAUGGUCUACAAACUAUAAAGAACUUGUGUCUGGUCAUGGAUUUGCUCAAAACCAACUGGUAGUGUGGAAAUACCCAUCAAUGUCAAAGGUCACUGAGUUGAAAGGUCACACUGCUAGGGUGCUAAGCUUAACUAUGAGCCCAGAUGGAACCACAGUUGCUUCAGCAGCAGCAGAUGAAACACUGAGGCUUUGGCGCUGCUUUGAGUUGGACCCAGCACGUAAGAAGGAGAAAGAGAGCAGUACUAAAACCAGCAUUAUCCAUCAAGGAAUUCGCUGAGUUUCAUCCAACUCUCUUCCAAUCUAUUGCUUUAUGUACAGAAUUUUAAACUAUUAAUAAAUAUUUCACUCUCCUUUAGAAAUAGUGUUGGUAUAUGGAUUGAUAUAUGAAUCACAAAUGGUGUGAAUGACUUUAAUUGAUAUUGGCUUGUUUGCUAGAACUUGGCUUGUAUACCAUUGUAAUAAAAAUAAACUAUUGAAGGAAAAUAAAGACUAGACUCUCCUGAUACAAUCGAUAACGUACCUUCUCUAAAUCAUUGUGACAGCUUUUAUCACUAGGCAAAUUGACUAUAAUUUAACUUCCCUCUUCCACCCCUCUUGAGUUGUGGGACGGAUUAGGUUUCAGAAUUUAGAUUUAACCUGAAAUAUUAAUUUGGGGUUUGAAAUAUGUGUUCAAGUCACAGCCUUGAUGCAACAUCCUGUUACGGAGCAACAGUUUUAUUAAAAAAUACAUAACAGAAUUUUUCUUCCCAACUAUUUUUACCUUACCAAAUAAACAGAUAUUGUAAAUUUGCUUAGCUGAACCCAGUAAUUUUACUGAACUAUUUGGACUGAUAUUUAAGACUGUUCUUCCAAAACCAUUUUCUCUGAAAUCAACCUCAGCACUCCUGAGAGUUAAUCUUUCCACUCCUUUGUUAUUUUUUGUACUUCUUUUAAACUCAAGACAUUCUAAUAUCCCAAAUGCUGGUGGGUGAGUCUAGUCCUUCUGUAGGUUUUUUUUUUUUUUAGCCUCAAUCAAAUCAACUGUAACCCAAACAAUCCUACAAAUGAUUUUACUGCCUACUGGUUGAGUGGAAACUGAAAAGCCAAACCAAUCAAUCAACACCAAUAUUAGCCUCAACUCAUCGUCACCUCUUUUUAAAGAUUCUUGGGGCUUAUG